AUGGGCCAGAAGCUCUCAGGGAGCCUCAAGUCGGUGGAGGUGCGAGAGCCGGCGCUGCGGCCGGCCAAGCGCGAGCUGCGGGGCGCAGAGCCCGGGCGGCCGGCGCGGCUGGACCAGCUGCUGGACAUGCCGGCGGCGGGGCUGGCUGUGCAGCUGCGGCACGCGUGGAACCCAGAGGACCGCUCGCUCAACGUCUUCGUCAAGGAUGACGACCGGCUCACCUUCCACCGGCACCCGGUGGCCCAGAGCACUGACGGCAUCCGCGGCAAGGUGGGCCACGCCCGCGGCCUGCACGCCUGGCAGAUCAACUGGCCCGCCCGGCAGCGCGGCACCCACGCAGUAGUCGGCGUGGCCACGGCGCGGGCUCCCCUGCACUCCGUGGGCUACACGGCACUGGUGGGCAGUGACGCUGAGUCGUGGGGCUGGGACCUGGGCCGCAGCCGCCUCUACCACGACGGCAAGAACCGGCCCGGCGUGGCCUACCCGGCCUUCCUGGGGCCCGACGAGGCCUUUGCGCUGCCGGACUCGCUGCUGGUCGUGCUGGACAUGGAUGAGGGCACGCUCAGCUUCAUCGUGGACGGCCAGUACCUCGGCGUGGCCUUCCGAGGCCUCAAGGGCAAGAAGCUGUACCCGGUGGUGAGUGCCGUGUGGGGCCACUGCGAAGUCACCAUGCGCUACAUCAAUGGCCUUGACCCCGAGCCCCUGCCGCUGAUGGACCUGUGCCGAAGAUCCGUCCGCUCCGCCCUGGGCCGCCAGCGCCUGCAAGACAUCAGCUCCCUGCCCCUGCCUCAGUCUCUCAAAAACUAUCUGCAGUACCAGUGAUCCCGGGCGCCGAAGGGCAGCGUGACCAUGUCCUGCAGGGCCGCGCCCCCCACCUGGCAUUCACGGGCACGUGACACAUUGGGGACGAGGUCUCCCCUCACCCUGGUUCCCCAGGACAUUCAGUUCUCUGAAAG